GGCCGAAAGUGCACCUCACUUCUCACUUUGAGCCUUUAACAUCGUGAAUCAUAAACCCGGGUGUCGGCGUCCUGCACAGUACAGAUUAUCGAGUUACUGUCGGGCUGACUGGUGAGAUGUUUUCUUGACAUUGCCCACGACACCUUCUUUGUUACCCCUUUUUAGCUCCGCAUCCUCCGCAUCCCCAGACCAUGGCCGACACAGCAAACGCGGCAAUAGCGACAGCUGCGGCAACUGCUGCGCCGACCUACAAGCAACUCAAGGAGGACUUUGUCUCGAAUCUUUCAGGAGGAUCAGUGGCAGAGAUUGCACAGGUCUGCGCAGUGGCACCGGUCGUCGCCCUCCUGUGGUCCGCCCUUCAAGCCCGACAGUCGUUUUUUACUCCCUACACCGCAGAAGCCUUUGUCGUCGACUUCCUACUCAACGUAGGCGCCCUCCUGCUCUCCGUCACCCUCUACUCGCGCGCCCCCCUCCUCCUCAACAUACUCCUCCUGACGGCCGCCGCUGCCGUCUGUCUCGUCCCCGCUGCCGCCCCCUCGACACGCAAAAAGAAGCCCCAGCUCCCGCCCAAUGCGCAGUUCAAGACGGCGUCGGCUCCGCUCGGGGUCCUGUCCACCAAGCCCUUCCUGACCCACUACCGCGGCAAUAUGCUGGUCGUCACCUGCAUAUGCAUCCUCGCCGUCGACUUCCGCCUGUUCCCGCGCCGGUUUGCCAAGGUAGAGACAUGGGGAACCUCGCUGAUGGACAUGGGCGUCGGGUCGUUUGUGUUCUCGGCCGGCAUCGUCGCCUCUCGGCCUGUGCUUAAGGAGCGCGCCGAAGGAAGGUCCACGCCGCUCGCCACACGGCUGGUGCAGUCGCUGCGCCACUCCCUGCCGCUGCUUGCUCUGGGUCUUGUGAGGCUGCUUAGUGUGAAGGGCCUUGACUAUGCAGAGCAUGUGACGGAAUACGGGGUGCAUUGGAAUUUCUUUUUCACUCUGGGCUUCUUGCCUCCCUUCGUGGCUCUCUUCCAGUCGGCACUCAAGGUGGUGCCGUCGUAUGCCGGACUAGCAAUCCUAUUGGGCGUCAUGUACCAAGUUCUUCUCGAAAGCACAGAGCUGAAGGCCUACAUUCUGGCUGGGCCUCGGACGGACCUCAUCUCGAUGAACAGGGAGGGCAUGUUCAGUUUCUGGGGAUACCUCGCCAUCUUCCUUGCCGGCCAGGACACUGGUAUGUAUGUCUUGCCCCGAGACCUCAAGCCCCGACGUGUUAUCGGCCUGGUCAGCUCUAAGCGCACCGCGCUCCUGCACACCUUGUCGGCUUGGUCGCUGCUCUGGAUUACCGUCUACCUCUUCUGCACAAGCUACACCUACGGCGCAGGGCUGACGGUGUCUCGGCGACUGGCAAAUCUGCCCUACAUACUGUGGGUGGUGGCCUUCAACAGCGCGCUGCUGUUGGCAUUUUCCCUGGUGGAUGCGCUGUUCUUCCCGGCGUUCUACAGGGCGCAGGACGCCAAGGUGGAGAAGGAGGCGUACGACGCGGCGACGAGCCGCGUGCUGCGGGCAUAUAACCGCAACGGCCUGGCCGUCUUUCUACUGGCCAACCUGCUGACGGGACUGGUCAACAUGACGGUGCGCACGCUGGACGUCGGGAGAAUAGCGACGAUGGGGAUACUGGGUGGGUAUAUGGCGGUUGUGACGGGCGUAGCCGUAGGGUUGGACAUGUACGAUGUCACCAUCAAGUUGUAAAUAUACGCAGCAAAGUGUCUGAAAGUGAAAAAAUGGUCGAGAGUUGU